AAACUAGUAUUGACGUUGACAAUUUGCAGUUGAUAUUAUAUAGAAAUCUAACGAAAAAGUAGUUGUGGGUGUUUCCUAAGAUAAAAGUUAUACAUUCCGUAUAUUAUUGAGAUAUCAUGGAUGCAUUUGGUGAUAACUUUGUCAAUGAAGAAGUAGAUCCAGUUGCAGAAUUUGUAGCUAGGGAACAGGAUCAAUUGGCAGGAUUAGAGAAUGAAAUUCCAUCAGUUUCUAUGUCUGCUCCUGUGACAGCACCUAAUACAGAUGUUGGUCCAGGUGGUGAUGCUGAAGGCAGUUUUGAGAUAAUAGAUGCUAUUGGACAACUUCCUGAAACACAAGCAUCUUCAAUAAUAGAAACUGUAUCCAAGCCUCUCCCAGUAAAAGAAGAACCUGAGAAAAUACGAAAAUGGAGAGAAGAACAAAAAGCUAGAUUAGAAGAAAAAGAUGCAGAAGAAGAAAAGAAAAAAGAAGAAUGGAGAGAAGCUGCAAGAAAAGAAUUGGAAGAAUGGUAUAAACAUCAUGCAGAAGCAAUUAGUAAAACAAAAACUACGAACAGGGAAUCAGCCAAGAACGCAGAAAAACAAUUUGUAGCAGAAGCUGAUGAAGUGGAACCAGGAACUGAAUGGGAACGUAUUGCUAAACUUUGCGAUUUUAAUCCCAAAUCUUCCCGCACUUCAAAAGAUGUUUCCCGAAUGCGUUCAAUUAUUUUGCAGUUGAAACAAACUCCACCAGCUCCAGUCAGUCUUUGAUUAAAUUAACAACUUGGUAUAAAAAAAAAUAAAUAUAUAUACAUAUAUGUGUAUGUGUGUGUGUGUGUGCGUAACACGCACGCGCGCGCGCGCACACACACACACACACACACACACAAAUGAAAAAGUGUUAUGUAUGCAGGUUACAAUAAUAUCAUUUAAAAAAAAAAGAUCAUAAAAGAUCUGUUAAGUGAGAAUGUAAUAUUAUUGUGAAUAAAGAUUAUUAAUAGCAA